GGUAUUGCGCUGCCAUCUCUAGGGCAUCAAAGGAAUGGAUUUUCGUGAAAUAAAUAGAUUAAACUGGCGUUUGCAUCUGAAUAACAAUAACAACCUCGUUCAGUACACUGCGGUCAACAGGUACAACGAUCCUGAUGCAUCGGGCGAACAGCACGGAGAGGAGCUCCUACUCAGACAAAUCGAUUGUGCGACGGGGGCAACAACAAGAAUGGGUACGAAACAAAAACACCCAGCAACAACUCUGGUGCAGGCCGUAGACGCAGAGGAUGAUGAAGGUGUGUGUGGGGGUGGGUGUGGUAUCGGAAUUGGAGCAGGCGACUGCGCCGCGGCUGCAAUAGUUGCCACCGAAUGCGGUAGUGAUAAGAAUGGAGGCGCAUCCUACUGCGAUUUUGAAAUAGACUUGGCUGGUGGAUAUGGACAGGCAGCCGCAGCUCUCUCGCCCACCGAUGCGGUAGGGGUAGGGGUCGGGGGCCUCAGUUCCAGUCGCACCUCUAUGAACAAUUCAACCGAGAAUCUAAGCUAUGCCAGUGACAACUUUUACGGCGACGACCUUAUUUUGCUGGAUGAUGACGAUGACGUCGAGGCGGAAGAGAUAUCACUUAACUCUGACGAUUGCGUUUACGCCUAUCGAGGUGACGGGGCGGAUUUCGACCAAGCCCUGGAGGCCAAUGCCAUGGGCAGGGGCAGGCAACAUCAGCAGGAAAUCGGCCUUGGGCCUAGCAGCACUGGUGGUGCAGGAUGUGGCGGUAGCUUGAUAUGCGGAGACGAUGAGACAGAGUUCCUGGAAAUGGAUUUUGAACCGGACCCGUCGUCGGAGCUGGAGUUUGCCGGCGGAGGGGCUCAAAAUCUGGGAUCAGCCUUGCCACAGGCUAAUCUACUACUAAUGCAGCGCGACUUCAGCCAAAUGAGUGGCGUCGUCGGGGCAACACCCACACACGGCAGGCAGCUUUACAGCUCACCUAUUGACGAUUUUCCGCUGCAAGAAGACAUCCUGCAGCAACAAAAGCAACGCCUAAGUAAAAAAUUUGCUCGCAUUAGCCUAAACUUGGACCAGAUCAAAGACGGAGGAGGAAGCGGUGGAUGUGGUGUACAUAUCGACGAGAUAAUGGGCGGUGGCGAUGAGAAGGUUGUGGACACCAUAACCGGGGGCGGGCCAUCGUCCGCCCAGGCGCACUCGCUGCCAAGCACAUUAUACGCGAGUGCUAAUUUCGCUAGGAGUACCAGUGUGCCCAGCGCCCAUCCAGAGCCCAAGUUGACGGGAGCAAAACCCAAACGGCUGUCCCACUCUUCGUCCGUGAUGUCGAAAAGCAGCGCUAGUGCCUCUACAAAGUCGCGCCGCUCUCAUAACUCCACCAGUUUCGAUGAACGUUGUUACAGCUGCACCGAUUUUCGGGCCCCCGGCAACCAGCAGCUCCAGCAAUCAGUUGCAGCACAACCAGGUGCAGAAGAAGGUGCCGCUACCAUGCUUAUGGCUGCUGCCGCCAUGGUGGCCUUGGCCUCUUCUCCCUCGUCCAUGGCACACUUUGACACUAGUAACGAGGAAAACUGCUUGGACUGUCUUGAAAAGGAGUUCCUGGCAAAUACCAUCGGCAAGGUCCUAGACCCAAGCACGUGCCCGAAGUGCCGGAGGCGAACCGGGGCUCGUGGAAGCUGCAUGUCUCUCUACACCCGAGUAGAGCAGACACGAUGUCGCAGCGGUUCGCCUGUAUACUUCGACGAGGGCGGUAGACUGUUUGCCGGCUGGCAUAGCUCAUCCGGAGUUGGAAACGUGCCCGAUCUCGGUGGCAGCAACCAAAGGUUUAUUUCUUGUGAUAAUAAUUUCUCCAGCGGCGUGCAGAUGCUUAAGAAAAAAUUUUCGACCGUGCCACUUGUUACGCGUCUAUCCACGGAUAGGACGUGCGACGAGGAACACCUAGUGCAGGCAUUAGACCAUCUGCACGUGUCAUAUGACCAGGCGCUACUGCGAGGCUAUUUUGAACAUUUGGUCGCGCGGCGAUCCGCCGAAUGCAGUUUGAAUCUCAAGCAGUUGUUGUUGCAGACCUCAAAGAGUCAAGGAAAUCAUCGCAAACUCAAAAAGCUUAUUGAGCUGGCGACCCAUAACCAGCUAGUCGUGCAAUUUAAACGGGCCAAGGCAUGUCAAACUGAUGUUGUCCCCGUCAAGGUGUCUGAUAUACUGGAGGCCUGGGCAUGCAAGCGAGAUCUCUCUAUGCUGCGGCAACUAGAUGCGCGCUUCCAUCGCGCGAAUGUGAUAGGCAAGGUCGGUCACAUAGUGCGGCAAGCUACAGCGGCGAACCCCUCAACGGCUCUUGGUGCAUCCUCCUCUUCAACAUUCAAACGCGUCUUGCCCGAGUUUCUUAUGAUCCCGCAGUAUUACGAGAGUGGGGAGCUGACGCUAACCCGCAAAUGUUAGAAUUAACUCGCCGCAUGCUCACUUCCAGUACACAGAUAUGCAACCAGAACAUUGAAUUGUUUAUACUUACAUAUGUACAUAUGUACUAUGUUAGUUUGUUUUUUGUUAAGUUACGUAAUGAGAGCAACAUUUGGGAGUGUAUGUACGGUGUACCCGCAAGGCCCAAGACUGGGACAAAACAGCUCCUAAACCAUAUGAUUACUGUUAAAUAAACAAUAUAUUUUAGUAUGUGUACGUUUAUCGAAUAACCAGCAUUGCAAUAUUUAUGUACUCUCAUUAUCCAUGUAUGUAUAUGUCAAGCAACAAAUACCCCGUCUCGUACAUGCAUAGCUUAGCUUGUAUACAAGGAAUAUAGAUCUGAAUAAAUGAUAAGUAUCUAAUUUACCACCAAGUA